GACUCGCACGCGCUGUCGGAGCUCGUGUACUCUGCUUCCAACCUCCUGGUGCUGCUGAACGACUGGAUCCUCCGAAAGGAGCUGCAGCGGAGCCUGCCCGUGUCACUGCCCCAGCAGAAGCUGCUGACCUGGCUGAGCGUGCUAGAAUGUGUGGAGGUCUUUGCAGAGAUGGGGACAGCCAGGGCGUGGGGGGAGAUGGGCCGAUGGACCAUCAUUGUCCUCAUCCAGCUGGCUAAAGCCAUCCUGCGUCUCCUGCUGUUGCUGUGGUACAAAGCUGGCAUCCAGACAUCUCCUCCCAUUGUGCCGCUGAACAGAGAGCAGCAGCAGCCUCUCCACCCAGAAGACACGGAAGGCAGUUCCUCAGGGAAGGAUCAGACCUAUGUGGGCAAGCGUUCCAGCCGUGUUGUGCGGUCUCUACAGAGCACCCCAUCCCUCCAGUCCAGGCACUGGGGGUCCCCCCAGCAGAGAGAAGAGUCCCAGAGCCGAAGAGCAGAUGAGAUGAACCAACCUCCCACCCCGCUGGGCCUCCAAGAAACCAUCGCAGAAUCUAUCUACAUUGCCCGGCCCCUACUCCACUUACUGAGUUUAGGAGUGUGGGGCCAGAAAUCGUGGAAGCCAUGGCUCCUGUCAGCAAUCCUGGACAUCUCAAGUCUGAGCUUGCUGAGUGAUCUGAAAGAUUUGAACAGACGAGAGCGUGCGGAGCUGAGGCGGCGAACCAUCCUCCUGCUGUACUACCUGCUGAGAUCUCCCUUCUAUGACCGAUACUCAGAGGGCAGGAUUCUCUUCCUUCUGCGCUUGUUGGCUGAUUAUGUGCCUGGACUUGGCUUUGUCACACGGCCGCUGAUGGAUUACUUGCCUGCUUGGCAGAAAAUUUACUUCUAUAAUUGGGGCUGAUGAGAAGAUGACCCUUCUUUGCUAAGAUCAUGGUUGGACAUCUCUAAGGAGCACAAUCAAGCUGGGGAAAGGGUGUUGAUCUCGUCUAAUUUUCAGUUAAACCAUCAAUGAGAAGCUCCUAUUCUGCAGGGUGGGAGGGAGGUGUAUGUAAUUUUUUAACAGAUCUAGCUGUGAAUGAUGGACACUGUAUGAAGAGAUCUUGGCCAUUUUUUUCUCCUGGACAGUGCUGUGGCUGCAGUGAUGGUGG